AUGAGUGUCGCGCCGCUGCCGGUGCGCCGUCCAAGUGCACACGAGGGCUCGUCGCUCGAGUCGAGUGCCGCCCCCGGACGCAUUCUCUACAUCAACGACCGGCCGUCGACGCUCGCGGCCAUGGCGCGCUACAACCUCAAGUACCCUGGCAACGUCGUCAAGACGUCCAAGUACUCGGUGCUGACCUUUCUACCCAAGAACCUCUUUGAGCAGUUCCGGCGCGUCGCCAACUUUUACUUCCUCAUCAUCUCGCUCCUCCAGCUCACCACCAAGUUGUCGCCGACCAACCCGUACUCGACUGUCGGGCCUCUCUUGCUGGUGCUUAUCGCCACGAUGAUCAAGGAGGCGAUCGAAGACAAGGCGCGACACGAGGCCGACCGCCAAGUCAACCACGAGCUCACGCUCAUUUACGACGCGCCGGUCGGCUGGCGCAGCAUCACGUGGAUGCAGCUUCAAGUCGGGGACCUCAUCAAGGUCGACAACAACAAGCCCUUUCCCGCCGACCUCGUCCUUCUUGCCUCGAGCGCGGAAGAUGGCCAAGCCCAGGUCGAGACAACGAGCCUCGACGGUGAAAGCAACCUCAAGACGCGCUUUUGCCCGAUGACCAAGGCAGGUCCGUUGCAACCCACAGCGUUUCCGUCCAAUAUGACGGGGGAAAUCCGAUGCGAAGCCCCCAACCGGCGGCUGUACACGUUCGACGGCGUCCUGCAGCUGCGCGCAGCGGGCAACGAGCAGGACAUUUCGCUGACCAUCGACAACGUCGUGCUUCGGGGCAUGAAGCUCUGCAACACCGAGUACAUCAUUGGAGUCGUGGUCGCCGCUGGCGCCGACUCGAAGCUCAUGCUCAACACCAAAGCUACACCCUCCAAGUUUUCCCGCCUCGAUGUGAUUGCCAAUCGAUGUAUCCUGCUCGUCUUUUCCGUGCUCUUCGCCGUGUGCUGCCUCUCGACGGGCCUGAGUUUGAUGUGGAGCCACCAGCGCAUGCGCCUCAACUCGACGACGUACCUCUCGCUCCUCGUGGCCUCGAGCAUCCUCGACGUCAACACCUUUGCGAGCACGUUUGUGACCUACCUCAUUCUGUACAACAACUUGGUGCCGAUCUCACUCUACAUCAGUUUGGAAGUGGUCAAGUGGUACCAAGCCAAGAAGAUGGAAAACGACCCUGAAAUGAUCGAUCCGGUCUCGGGUCGCGCCGUGCUGGCGCGCACGUCCAAUCUCAACGAAGAUGUGGGGCAGAUCAAGUACCUCUUUAGCGACAAGACAGGCACCAUCACAAAGAAUGAGAUGGUGCUCAAGGUCAUUAGCAUCGACAGUGUCAUCUACGACAGCAUUCCCGGGUUGCCACGCCGGAAGCGUUCAAUGAAAAGCGCCGUCGACGCGAGCUUUGUCAAGCGGCCGUCGCAACCCAACGCCGCUGCCGUCCUCGCGCGGUGA